UUUGAUCUUUUAUUGAACAUUACGGUUUGUGGACAUUGUCCGCGCUUUUGCUUCAGCCAAAGUGUGACCGGCAUUUCCCGUGCUUCUGUUGAUACGAUCAUUGAGGGUUUUGGCUGGUAGGUGGUGGCAAAUCUAGCAAUCAGGCCUAUCUGUCAAACUUCAUUGUUCUUCAUGAUGAAUUAUCUCUACAUGACAAUGAUCUGGGGGCUGAUGGCUGGGUCACUGGCGACUGACGCCUGCCAGAGCCCGACGAUCGAGGCUGAGUCCUACACGUCCAUGGACGCCACCAUCGUCACCAACAUCGCCUACAUCGCCACAUUCUCUCUGAAGUGCGCCAAUGGCGUCACG